AUGAAAAAACGAACCGUGCCUUUAUUUCGAGUGUUACUUCUCCUAAUGAUCUAUUUCCUGCAAGGUGUUGUGAUCGGUUUUACAACAGCAAUUCCUUUCUAUUUGGAUUCACGUGGUGCGACAUGGCAAGAGCAAGGCACAUUCAAUUUCGCCUUUUAUCCAUUUAGUCUCAAAUUGGCAUGGGCACCUAUAUUAGAUGCGAUCUAUAUUGCACGUUUCGGAAGAAGGAAAACUUGGCUUAUUCCAUUGCAAUUCUCCAUUGGAAUAACUCUCAUUGUUCUUUCAUUUUCGUUGAUAAAUCUCGUCGACCAAUUGAAAAUUAAAUUCUUAACGUGUAUAUUUUUCUUUAUCUACUUUCUUCUGGCUAGUCAAGAUACAUGUGUGGAUGGAUGGGCAUUGACACUUUUAGCAAAGUACAACCUUCAAUGGGCAUCGACAUGUCAAACAGUUGGACAAACUACAGGUCGUUUUAUUGGCUUUACCGUGUUAAUGAUAUUCGAAUCCGCUGAUUUUACAAAUCGUUAUGUUCGACAACCAUUGGAGUUACCCAAGCAAACGUAUGGUUUAUUUACAUUAGAUCAAUUCGUACGAUAUUGUGGAGUAAUGUUUCUAAUCCUUGCACUCUGCAUUGCUUCGUUGAAUAAAGGUAAAAAAGAAACGAACCCAAUGAGUUUAAGUCAAACUUAUCUCUCCAUAUGGAAAUUAUUCAACAAAACUUGUAUCAGACAAUUAGCAUUUAUUUUUCUUACUAGUCCAGUUGGUUUUUCUCCAACAUAUACCAUGACGAAUCUCGUUUUGAAAAGAUAUGGUGUUCCGAAAGAAACACUUGGUUUACUUGGUAUUCCAUUAAUUAUUGUUAAAAUCGUAAUUCCGUUGUCUAUGACACAUACUAAUCGACCAUUAACUUGGUAUUACCGGUCCUACAUACCUCGUCUUUUAAUGGGUAUCAUCAUCGCAAUAUAUGUCUGUCUUACUCCUUAUUUAUUACAUCGGUGGUAUUUUUAUCCUGUUUUGAUUGGCAUUUUUCUAUGUAAUGAGUCUCUAAUUUAUUUGAUGAUCGUCACUCGUGUGGGAUUUUUCGCACGGAUUAGCGAUCCAAGUAUCGGUGGAACGUAUAUCACAUUGUUAAAUACAUUAGGUAAUCUUGGUGCUAGUUUAAUGGCUUCAUCUGUUCUCUAUCUCGCUGGUUGGAUUGAACCGGACGAAGCAGCGUAUCCUCUUCUAGUUAGUUUCGCGUUUGUACUCGGCUGUUUUUGGUUUACUGCCCAGUAUAAAACAAUGAAACAACUCGAGAAUUUGCCAUCAGAUGAAUGGUGUCUUUCGCCGACGAAAAGAGAAUCAGAUUCUUAUUUGUUGUGA